GACAGAGAGAGACAGAGCAGGAAAACCUCCCGAUCCUCCUCCUGCUCCUCCUGCUCCUCCUGCUGCUGCACGGACAAAAGGAGAGCAAAAGCAACAAGAAGAAGGACAGAGAGACAGACGGGAGGACAGACAGCGAAGGACACACAGACAGGAGGACAGACGGCGGGACAGCCGGGAGGAUGGGCCGGCGGAGCGGCCGUCGGUAGCGCUCUGUUUUCGGGGACGGAGCUCCAGGAUGAGCGUAGCGCUGCAGGACCUCCGGAACACCAUGUCCAGCUACAAGCGAGCUACGUUGGAGGAGGAUGAAGUGUCGGACGCUCCGGCUGAGGCCGCCUCGUCUCCUGACAGGGUGGAGGUGGGCUUCAGGAAGGGCGGCGUGGACAUCCUGGGCAGGAGGACUCAGCUGGAGGUUCUGCUGUCGGUCCUGCUGCUGGCCGCCCUGCUGGCUCUGCUGGCCUGUCUGCUGGUCCUCGGACUGGGAUUCAGCUCGGACAGUGGGCGUGGCCUGUGCCUGUCGCAGGCAUGCGUCACGGUGGCGAGUCAGAUGGUGGAGGCGAUGGACCGCAGCGCCGACCCCUGCCACGACUUCUACCAGUUCGCCUGCGGAGGCUGGAUGAGAAAAAACCCGCUGCCCGACGGACGCUCGCGCUGGUCCACGUUCAACAGCAUCUGGGAGCAGAACCAGGCGCUGCUCAAACACCUGCUGGAGAACGGGACUUUUAACGGCAGCAGCGAGGCGGAGAGGAAGACGCAGUCCUACUACCUGUCCUGUCUCAACACCCAGAGGAUCGAGGAGCUGGGAGCUCAGCCUCUCAUUGACCUCAUCGCCAAGAUCGGGGGCUGGAACAUGACGGGUCCUUGGGAGAAGGAGAACUUCAUGGAAGUCCUGAAGGUGGUUUCUGGUCCGUACAGAGCGCAGCCUUUCUUCAGUGUCGGAGUCAGUGCCGAUCCCAAAAACUCCAACAGCAACGUCAUCCAGGUGGACCAAUCAGGGCUCUUCCUGCCGUCCAGGGACUAUUACCUCAACAAGACAGCCAAUGAGAAGGUGCUGGUGGCGUACCUGGACUACAUGGUGGAGCUGGGGAUGCUGCUGGGGGGCGAGAGGAGCUCCACCCAGCUUCAGAUGCAGCAGAUUUUGGAGUUUGAGACGGCACUCGCCAACAUCACCGUGCCACAAGACCAGCGGCGAGACGAGGAGAAGAUCUACCACAAGGUCACCAUCGCUGAGCUGCAGCUGCUGGCCCCGGCCGUGGACUGGUUGGACUACCUGACGUCCUCGCUGUCCCCUCUGGAGCUGAACGACACCGAGCCAGUCGUCCUCUACGCCAGAGAGUACCUGCAGCAGGUGUCCGACCUCAUCAACAAGACGGACCGCAGUCUGCUCAAUAACUACAUGAUGUGGACACUGGUCCAGAAGAGCGUGGCCAGUUUGGACCAACGCUUCGAGAACGCUCAGGACAAACUGCUGGAGAGUCUCUACGGGACCAAGAAGUCCUGCACCCCCCGCUGGCAGACUUGUAUCGGGAACACUGACGACACGCUGGGCUUCGCUCUGGGAGCGCUCUUUGUCAAGGCGACCUUCGACAAACACAGCAAAGAGAUCGCCGAGGAGAUGAUUAACGAGAUCCGCUCCGCCUUUAAAGAAGCACUGGACCGACUCAGUUGGAUGGACGACCUCACGAGACAGGCUGCUAAAGACAAGGCAGAUGCGAUCUACGAUAUGAUCGGUUUCCCAGAAUUCAUCCUGGACCCCAAAGAGCUGGACGAUGUUUAUGACGGGUACGAAGUGUCGGACGAGAGCUUCUUCCAGAACAUGCUCAACUUCUACAACUUCUCCGCCCGAGUGAUGGCCGACCAGCUGAGGAAGACUCCCAACAAAGACCAGUGGAGUAUGACUCCUCCUACAGUUAAUGCCUACUACAUGCCCACUAAGAACGGCAUCGUCUUCCCUGCUGGGAUCCUACAAGCUCCUUUCUACGCCCACGACCACCCCAAGGCGCUAAACUUUGGCGGGAUCGGGGUGGUGAUGGGUCACGAGCUCACACACGCUUUCGACGAUCAGGGUCGUGAGUACGAUAAAGAAGGUAACUUGAGGCCGUGGUGGCAGAACUCUUCAGUGGAGGCGUUUCGUCAGAGAACAGAGUGCAUGAUGGACCAGUACAACCGCUACACCGUCAACGGCGAGCACGUCAAUGGAAAACAGACACUCGGAGAAAAUAUCGCCGACAACGGAGGACUGAAGGCGGCAUACCACGCCUAUCGGUCGUGGGUCCAGAGGAACGGAGAGGAGAAGAGGCUUCCUGCCGUCAACCUCACCAAUGACCAGCUCUUCUUUGUGGGAUUUGCUCAGGUGUGGUGUUCAGUCCGAACACCAGAGAGCGCUCACGAGGGCCUGGUGACCGACCCCCACAGCCCGCCCCGGUACCGAGUCAUCGGCACGCUCGCCAACUCUCCGGACUUCAGCCGCCACUUCAACUGUCCUGCAGGGACGCCGAUGAACACCGGGAGGCGCUGUGAGGUCUGGUAGACGGACUGCUGAAGAGGACGGGGUCGGGUCCGGGUUCAUUAGGUCGGUCUGUUCGUGAACAGGUCGGUUCUUUAGUUUCAAAAAGUGUCUGCUAUUUAGCAAGAAAAAAAAUUAGUUAACAAGUCCGAUUGUUAAUUGACAGGUGAGUUUUCUUAAUUAGCCGGCUGGUUAGUGUCUUAAUUAGCGGAGGUCUUCAGGAGGUGAUCAGGUUUUCUUUGGGGCUGUUUCAUACCGUUAAUAUCAAUCUGUUCUUUAGAGACGAUCAGACAGACUUCCUGUCUGGAAACUAAUGGACUCCGUGAACUUCGCACGGAGACACGGAGGACUGACGGUGGUGAAGCCACACGGGACAAUGUUGCUGAUUUCUGCUUUAUCGCCGUUAUUGAUUAUUAUUAUUAUUAUUAUUAUUAUUAUUAUUAUGAAUGAGCUUUGGUUUCGCCUGUGUGUGUGUGUGUGUGUGUGUGUGUGUGUGUGUGUUGUAUGAAAGCCUAACUCUCUCUGAUGACAUCACUGUGAUGACCUCAUUCAUAGUUGAACUGUUACAUCAUCAGUAAUGGCCGUGUGUGAGUGUGUGUGUGUGUGUGUGUGUGUGUGUGUGUGUGUGUGUGUGUGAGUGUGUGUGUGAGAGUGUG